AUUGGAACUUUCUGGUUUGGAGCCAUGUUAACAAGGGAAAGGAGCGAAAUCUACAUUGGUUGCCUGCUUUAUUCUUGUAUUCUAAUGUUCUCCAGCUUUUUCGUCAAAGCUUUUGAUAUCCUUGACAGCCACACAGCUCAUUUGAUGAUAAAGGUAUACACUGUGCUGACAUUGUUCAUGGGGUACUAUGUAGUAUAUAGCCAAGAGAUAUUGUAUAAUGCUCGGUAUGGAGAUGUUAACUUUGUCAACUGCACAUUCACCGUGUUCUUCCAUUUACCGGCUAUUGUGGUCCAUGCUGCAAGAGUAUACCUGGGUGCAGAAAUUGAGCAACACAGACAGAAUUAAAGCUGAUACACUUGGAACUAUAAUAGAAUAAAUAGAGAGUACUAUGCACCUUAGCAGAUGGGGAACUGUAAAUGAUGAAAAGAUUCUCCUUUGUGGCU